AUGGCCAGGCUGCUUGAAGGCCUCGAGAAGGUCAUCAAAGGUGCAAAACCUGAGGAGGUGACAAAGGCUGCGGCUGAGCUUCCCAAGUUGCCGGAGGUGACAGAGACCAGUGCGGUGGACUUUGGGGAUUGGCUCUACUGCGUGGAGAAUGUCAUGGGAGACUUGAGCGCAACGUCUGCGGAGUGGUGGAAGCAUAUACUCGAGGACGCGAUGGACUACUACAAGAGGUACCAAGAGGCGGAUCAGUUUGGAAGACUGGCCUUGAAACCCUCGCCCGGCACUGAGGCGGCGGACACAAAAUGGGCAAGGGUCGACCGACGAGCAGCGGGAGCCCUCUUGAAUGCCGUGCCGGAGGAGAUAAAGAAGGACUUGGUGGCAUCGAGAUCGCGGUCUACGCUGGACAUCCUAGCGCGGUUGAUGGUGUUGUAUCGCCCUGGAAGUGCCACGGAGAAGUCGAUGUUGUUGAGGAGAGUGGAGUUUCCCGAACCAGCCGGAAAUGCUCAUGAGGCUGUUACGGGGCUGCGUCAAUGGGCCAGGUUCUACCAGAGGGCGAAGGACCUAGGAUUGGCGACUCCGGACCCUUCAAUACUCCUCAAGUCUUUAGAAGGGCUGGUUAAGCGUCCGAUGGCAGAGCAUGGUGACAUUACGUUCCGGAUGAACCUUAUGAGGUACCACCUUCGCGUCGACUUCGCGCCCACUGAGACGAGUGUCAUGGCGAUUCACCGGGCGUACCUGGCAGAGUUUGAACAGCUGGGCUACAAACGGGGUAAACCAAAGGAAGACAAUGCUGGGACACAACAGCAGCCAAGGAUGCGAGCAGUGGAGGCCCCGCCUGGAACGACGCCGAUGCCGAGUACCAGUCCGAAGGGAUCCACAAAGCCGUGCAGGUUUUUCAGUUCAGAUGAAGGAUGCCGGAGAGGAAAGAUGUGUCGAUUCGAGCACCCAAAGUUGAGCAAGUCAGAAGGGAGAGACAGAUGCUAUGAGUGUGGCGGAAAGGGUCACAUGGCCAAUGCAUGCCCUACUAAGGCUCAACAGAAGGCGGUGUCCACGGGCGACUCACCUCAGUCCUCAACUGGGGGAACAGGAGGGCGACGAGCCAACCCCAAGGGCGCGAGGACCGCCAACCCGGAUACUAGCAAUGCUACGGAGGACUCAUCGACUACGGCGCCUACUACAACUACACCAGGGGGUGAAGCAACGGAGCAGCCGGUACAAGGUGUACCAGUGGAGCAGCUCAUUGAGGACGCUCAAAAGUUGAUGAAGGCCUUCAUGGAGCAAAAGGGCGGGUCACCUACGAUGAGGACCUUGCGUGUGGAGAGUGGUGGUUCCGAUCGAGAGAUGGAGGAUUCGCCACAGCUGAGGGAGCUCUUGAAGAACAAUGAAGAGCUGACCAAGCUUUGCAAGAUGGGGCUCCUGGACUCAGGAGCUACGCACCCACUGAGGCCGCGAGUGUCGAAUGACUCAGUGAACGGUGUUGGAAGCGUCAAUGUCACCUUGGCGGGGGAGAACAGGGUCAAGAUGGACCAGACCAAGACGGGCACCAUCCUAGGUGGCAAAGACGCACAGCCUAUUGUACCUUUGGGCACUUUGGUGAAAUCGCUGGGAUAUGAGUUCGCAUGGGAUCGUAGAGGAUGUAGGUUGAAACACCCUACGAAGAAGGAAAUCAAGGUCUACACCAGGUCUACGUGUCCAGAGAUAAUGCAGUGCGAUGCCUUGAGGUUGAUCGCGGAGUUGGAGCAGGCGAAGAUCGACGAGACAAUGGAGUCGUUGGCCCAACUCAAGGCAUCAGUCAGCGCAGCGAGGGACUACAAGGAGAAGGGCUGGAAGGACAUGGUGCGGGACUAUGUGGCUUCUGGCACUGUGGAUGAUGCAACAAGGGCGGUCUUGGCGGCACCGUUCAUGCAUCAUGCACCUAUGAAUGGGCAACUGAAGAUCCUACCGAAGUCCCCGGACAACGCAGACCAGGCCUGGGUGUGGAUGAAGCAGUUCCCGCUCAACAGAGCAAAGAGGCGACAGCUAUGGCAAUCUAGGGAGUGGAUAGUUCAUCUGUUCUCUGGAAAAAGUGCGAGAAAUGAUCCUCUAAGAGAUUUUCCCGGACUGCUUGAAGUGGACCUUCAGAAGGGGUGGAACCUCAACGAUGAGAAGAUCUACGGCGUGUUGGUGUGGGCCGCCCGAGAAGGGAGGAUCAAGCAUGUUUUCGGAGGGCCACCAGCAGGAACUUUUUCGCCUAUGAGGUACAAGAGUGACAACCAUGCGGAGCUUAGGCCUUUGAGGUCGGUGCAUGAGCCGUGGGGACUCCGGGAAGGAUUGACUGCCGAAGAGUCCUCCAAGGUCCACAAUGAGAACGUGAUGUUGUACAAGAUGUUGUGGUUGUGGCUAUGUGCUGAGGUCGCCAACGAGGACCGAGAUGCUCCUGGGCACAAGGUGGGCUUUUGCAUGGAGUACCCGGAGGAUCCAAAGGAGUACCUGCCCGAGGGAAAUCAGAAGAGCACAUGUGUAUCCGUGUGGCGUACGGAGCUUGUUCAGAAGUUUGCAAGCCACAUGGAGUUGGACAAGGUGCAGUUUGAGCAAGGGGCCCUUGGACAUAUGAUGAGAAGGCCUACGUGUUGCCUCACGAACAUGGGUUUGGGAAUACAUGGUCUCAGAGACUCGCGAGCCUUUGUUAGUUCAGAAAGUGCAGAAGGUGACCAGACUGUUUGGCCACAUGGUUUCAGGAUUACAUUGGCGGACGCGAUCCAUGAAUGGGACAGAAGUGGAGGUCCGGCUCUACGCAAGGCAAUGACCAAGAAGGAGUUGGAAGAGUGGAAGGCCCAUGUGGAACGAGGACAUUGGCCUUACAGAAGAGACUGCUCAGUGUGCUUGUCAGCCUCAGGCACGGGGAGGCCAGCACGCCGCGUUGUACACAGGGACGCCUAUGUUAUGAGUUUGGAUAUCGCCGGGCCGUUCGCUGAAAAGGGAAGAGACGAAGUUCGCGGAGGGAGAUACAAGUUUGUCCUCGCGGCAACAUACCUCUUUCCAAAGAUUCGGGAAGUUCCUGUAGAUGCUCCAAUCCCUGACGAGGAAGAAGCUGAGAAGUUCCUAGAGGAGGUGGACGAAGAGCCCGGGGAACCAGAAGGAGAAGAUGAACCGGAGCUCCAAGCACAGGAGGAGGAAUGGAAGAAAAAGAUUGCGGACCUCAGAAAGCCAAUGGAGUUACAAGCCUUGAGGUUCUGUAUACCCCUGGAAAGGCACACUGGCAAGGAGAUUCUCGAGUGCGUCCAGGACCUGUACGUCAAGCUCAGAGCCUUAGGACUGCCGUUGACCCGAAUACACAGCGACAGAGCUCGAGAAUUCAGGGUGAAGCCGGUGAGAAAGUGGUGCAGGGAACGAGACAUCUACCAGACGUUCACGGAAGGUCUGGCGCCAACACAGAAUGCGGCAGCGGAAAGCCAUGUGAAGUGGCUCAAGUCCCAGGCCCGGACCCAUCUUGGGGCAGCGGAGCUGGAUAAGGAGCUGUGGCCGUGUGCAAUGAAGCAUGCAUGCCACUUGCACAAUGCGAGGCAGCUGGGACACAAGUCUCCAGAAAUCAAGUUUGGUUCAGUGGUUUGGGUGAAGUCCAAGAAAGACCGAGGUCCGUUUGAUCCAAAGUGGGAACGAGGAAAGUACAUGGGCCCAGCGGACGAUGUUCGAGAAGGACAUGUGGUUCGUCUGGAUGAUGGACUCUGGCUUCGGACAUUGCAUAUGCGUACAGUCAGGGAUGACGAAGUUGAGGAUGAAGAUGAAGCCGAGCAUGUGAUCGACCUCGUGGAGCCCACAAGGAGGAUCAGAAGGAAAACCAAGCUGCCGGACCCAGAGAUACACAGUUUGAGAACGGACGCAAGAAAGGCUCUGGUGAAGCGGCUACUCAAGUCAAGGAUUUGGGAGCACGAAGAAGCCCGAGUAGAACGACCCCAGAUGAAGGAGGGACAAGUCUGGGAUGGAGCUGCGUAUGUCAACUUGGGCGCCUACCAGCACGGUGGGAUUACAAGCAUCACCAAGGCGACGGAGAAGUUCAUGGAGGAAGCCGAGAUUGCUGCGCAGCUUAUUGCCUUGGAUCAUCCGGGAAGGCCAUUCACGUCUAUUGCUCUGGUAAAGAAUGCAACAAUGCCGGUGCACAAGGACUCGUUCAACCUCAAGGAGACGAUGAACCUGGUGUCGCCGGUGAGCGUGACCUCAGGAAGCAGUGUUUGGCAGGAAAUGAAGCCUGGGGAUGAGUUCUAUGGCAACUACCAUGCGAUGUGGGUUAAUGGAAGGGAGGUGCCGGGCCAAAAGUUCAGCAUCGAAAGGCCUACAAUGGUACGACCUGAUCGACUACAUGCACCCCUCAAGGGAGACUCAGGAGAUCGUGUUGUGGCUAUCGGGUACAAUGUGAGCAAAUGGGAGAAGCUUCUGGAUCAUCAGUGUGAAGAUCUACAGGAGCUAGGUUUCCAGCUGCCCGCUAGGCAACCCGUCAUCAAGAUGAUGAACGAGAACAACAGAAGGACACGACCUCCAACCCCUCCUAUACCAGAUUCACUACAAGCUUCGACUGCUAUUCCAACGACAGGAACUACGGCGGUGUCAGGAACAAGUGGUGGAGCUCUAGAUUCCUCAAAUGAAUCUACGUUGCAGAGGCCAACUUCGGAAGAUCGGAUGGAAGUGAGCUCGGCAACCCCAGGCCCUUAUAGCACUCAGACUUCGUCCUCGGGCUCAGCGACGAGAUCCCGAGAACAUCUUCCAGAAAUGGGAGGCGAAAGGUUGGAUACUAUGGUGGUGCCUGGUGGGAGAGUGGAGCUGCGCUUACGAUGGGCUAUUCGAUUCUGUCCGGAUCCUGGAGAACAGGAUGAGGCAAUUAUGACAUCAAUGCCUCUUCUUCCCCUUGGAAAUGAGGAGGAGCAACGGAUGAGGAGUCGAGUGACAUGGCUGUCUGAGUUUGUGGAGGAAGAAAGACAAAUUCGCAUCAGACAAGCAGCACGAGGAGAAUACCCCACGCAACGCGAAAGGCAGCUGUUCUACAAGUUGGACGAUGCCAUCGACUACAUGAAUGAGGUUUUGGCCUUGAGUCAUCAAGCUCGGGAAGAAGGAAACGUGAACCUCAUGAGGCUUGCUGCAAACUCCGAAGCCACCCCAGAAGUGGAGCAGAUGUUGCAGAAGCUUGCGGAGCCGAUUGAGACCGUCCACAAUGUGGAGCUGCAGGAGGUCAAGAACCACUUAAGUGAGUGGAAAGAAAGUAUACGCAAGGAGGUGGAAGGGUUGAUUUCGUCUGGAACGUUGCGACCGGUGCCGCUGACAGAGGCGAGAAAAAUGGCUCAAGCCGGGGAGAUUGUCUUGGUUCCGGCCAAAACAGUGCAUACGAUCAAACCACCAAGUCAAGACCAAGAGGGACUCUACAAGCGAAAGAGUCGCCUGGUUAUCUGCGGCAACUAUGUAAACAGCGAUGUGGAGGUUUACACGGCUUCAGCCAAUCCCCAGUCGGUGAGGGUUUCGCUCUCGUAUGCAGCCCACAAGAAGUGGCAUGGAGCAAUCACGGAUGUCAAUUCAGCUUUUACCCUUACCCCAAUGGAAGAAUCCAAGGUCAAGUACGCGAUUACGGUGCCCAAGGUGGUAGUCGACGCGGGCUAUGCGCCACCGGACAUCGCCUACAUGGUGGACCGUGUCCUGUAUGGACUUAGAGAAGCUCCGAGAUUGUGGGGAAGUUUCCGAGAUCGACGUGUUGGCCGGGCAAAGCUGAAGGUAGAUGGCCAAGACUGUAUGUUCCUCCAGAUGGAAACGGACCAGGCAGUUUGGCGUUUGGUGGCGUGUGAAGAUCCGAUCAGAACCAAGGCCAUCAUGAUCAUCUACGUGGAUGACGUGUUGAUGCUUGGGCCAGAAGGUGUUGUCGGCGAUAUCUACAAAUGGCUCACGCAGGGCACGGAAGGAGAAGAAGGCUGGAAAUGCUCGCCGAUGGAGUGGCUUGGACACGAGCCAGUAAGGUACCUGGGAAUGGACGUGAGGAGGAAAGCAAUGGGAGAUAUUACUAGCUUUCACAUCUCGCAGGGAAGCUAUGUGACGGAGCUCCUUAAAAGCUAUCCCGAAGAAAGCAGACGCCCCUCAAUGGUACCAGCCACCAAGGAGGUCAUGCCAUCAACCGACGACGAUGAGGAGGAGUCAGUUCUCAUGGUGAUCGACCCGGAGAUGGUAAAACAAGCUCAAAGGAUGGCAGGGGAGCGACUGUGGCUUGUGACCAGAACGAGGCCCGACGUGGGGUUCGCCACCGCGCAUGUGUGCUCUAAUGCCACGAAAGAUCCUCAAGCGGCCAUCCGUUUGGCCAAAGUCACAAUGCGGUAUUUGGCAGCUACGCCAACUUUGGGCCUAUGCUAUGAUGGUCAAGGCCUUCCAGUGGUGGCGUACUCUGAUGCCAGUUUCGCUCCGCAGGGUGACAGAAGCUUUGGUUGUGUGACUACAGCGACGUAUGGGGGCUUCUCAGCUUGGAGAAUGACGAAGCAGGCGACUGUGGUUUUAUCUGCGGCAGAAGUGGAGCUUGUGGAGUUGUUGAACGCGAGUCAACAAGCUGCAGGCCUCCAAGCAUGGGUCAUGGAGGUGGAGGAAAGCGAUGGAACGGAACCAGUUGUUCUUCGUGUGGACAAUACAGCAGCUUGUGGUUUGGCCACAACGGCACCGGGAUCCUGGAAGACUCGCCACUUGAAGGUGAAGGCAAGAUUCAUUCGUAUGGAAACGGCGGAGGGAAGGAUCAAAGUGGAGCACACUCCUGGAGAUGUACAAGUGGCAGAUAUGGGAACAAAGCCGGUGCCAGCAUCUCGUUUGGAAGAGCUUAGACGUCUGUGCGGUAUGUGCUCAGCAGAGGACUUUGAGGAUGAUGACCGUAAGGUGAUUCUCAAGACCUUGGCAGGCCCGGACUACUACGACCUAAUGAGGAUGAUUGUAUGGUUGAUGAUGGUAGCAGGAAUGCCCAAGGCCUCGAGUGCAGAGCUAUACAGCAAGAAGCCGAUCGAGUACGACGGCAGCGUCGAGUUCUACGUGAUCAUUGCAAUGGCAGGCAUUGCGUUGCUUGGAGUUUGGGAGCUGCUGAAAUGGGUGGCGAUGAGAUGCUUUGGUGAGGACGAAACUACGCUGGCAAAGGCUAGGCGGCUGAUGAGGAUCAGAAACCAGGCAUCCAAGGCACUACAAGAGGAGUUGGCGUCUAUGUCAAGCAGCUCAGCGGACCCCAUGUACAACGAGCCCGAAAAGUACACAAAGCCAAAGGUGGCUACGCCUACAGUGGCUGCGGAAGGGGAUCCACAAGUUCCUCUUAUGACCCAGAUGCCUGUGACAACUACAAGAGCGACGAUGAGAAUGGAUGACGAUCCAGAUUUGAGAGCGGCAUUGACGUCAGCACGCAGUGGGGAUUUCAUAAGGCACAGGCGCGGCUUUAUCAUGUCGGAGUAUGGGGACAAGUUGCAUUUUGCGGAAAACUGUCACGGGCUCCGGCAUGCUAACAAAUCGAAGCUAAAGCGCGUGCAAGUAUGCCACUACUGUGACAACAAGUUCCCGCUCUCCUACAAGGUCACGGAUGGGAAUGACGUCUCCAGCGUGCGCAUCGAGCUCGUUGGGAAGUCGGGUGAGACCCAAGUGCUCAAGGCGAAAACACCGCUGCUCUCAGGAGAAAUCAUCGACUCCAGCUUGAUGCGAGUAGCGGAGCUCAGAAAGUUCUACGAGCAAGAGAUGCAGAACACGGAGCCAGGAACACUCUUCAGCCUGCACCUCAAGGCGACCAUGAUGAAAGUUUCGGACCCAGUUCUCUUCGGCCACUGUGUGGAGGUCUUCUACAAGGAUGCUUUCGAGAAGCAUGCGGCCCUUUUCCAAGAGCUGGGCGUGAAUCCGAACAACGGCGUUGGCGACGUCUACACCAAGAUUGCUGGCCACCCCAAGCAGGCCGAGGUCGAAGCGGACCUGAUGGCAUGCUACGACAAGAGGCCUCCAUUGGCUUACGUGGACAGCCGUCGUGGCAUCACCAACCUGCAUGUGCCGUCCGACGUCAUUGUAGAUGCCUCCAUGGCUGCAGCAGUCCGCGAUGCUGGGCGCAUGUGGACCAAGGAAGAUACCCUGUGCGACGCGAAGUUCGUGAUUCCAGAUCGGUGCUACUCAGGCAUCUACACCGCUGUGAUCGAGGAUUGCAAGAAGAAUGGCAAGCUGGAUCCUUCCAAGAUAGGCGCCACGUCCAACGUCGGGCUCAUGGCCGCCAAAGCGGAGGAGUAUGGAUCGCACGACAAGACCUUCGUGGUGCCAGAGGAUGGUCAGAUGCGUGUCAUCAAGCGCGACACCGAGGAGGUCCUCAUGUCUCACGACGUGGCCAAGGGCGACGUGUGGCGCAUGUGCCAGACGAAGGACGGACCAAUCCAGGACUGGGUGAAGCUCGCGGUGGUUCGGGCUCGGGCCACUGGCGUGCCCGCUGUGUUCUGGCUGACCGAGCAGCGCGCUCAUGACCGCAGCGUGAUCUCCAAGGUCAAGAAAUACUUGGAGCGGCACGACACUGAAGGUCUGGACAUCCAAAUCCUCUCGCCCGAAGAGGCCAUGAAGUUCACGCUCGCAAGGGCGCGGCAGGGACUCGACACGAUCACUGUGACGGGCAAUGUGCUCCGUGACUAUUUGACAGACCUCUUCCCAAUUCUGGAGCUUGGAACGAGCGCGAAGAUGCGAAUCUCCUGA